CAGAAAGGUCAGCCCGCCGCCACGGUUCAUCUGCUUUCCGCGACUUUGGUUCGGUCCAAAGCCACGCGACUUGCUUUCGCAAUCCUUUUUUUCUCCUCUGUCCACUUUUCUUCCAUGUCUUGCUUGUCUACCUUGGCUACUGGCGCAUUACUCCGUACCGAUUUGAUCGAUCGGUAAUAGUGGCAUUGUCUUAGUGGUUAGUGCCCGAAAAAAAAAACGUCCACACGUUUACCUGUUUUCUUUUUUGCUCUUGUUGCUGUCUGAGUUGUUGAAACAAAUUUGUUCGUCUUUUCGUUUGCUCUGCUUCGCCCUGUCUCAAGAUGAGAAGCAGGGCAAGUCCUUUCUAUUUUCCUUGGGAGACCACAAGGGAGGAACGCAUCUUGCAGCCAUCUUUUGGUUCGCAAUUGCAUCCCUACACCGAUGCUUUGCUAGGCUAGCAAGGAUGGAUCCCAUAUCGUCGAUGGAUCCUUGCAUCAUCCAUCUGAUGGACCCUCCGACCGGACCCAGACAGAGCUCGAUCAUUUUAAUAGUCUGCCUGCCGGGGCUUUGUGAUCCGACCUUUCUUCUUUAAUGGACCUGGCCCAUCAAUUUCCCACUCUGGCUGUUUCCGUCUGCCCUUUUGUCGACCCUCCGCCACCCUAACCUAACGUCCCGUAAUAUCGUCAUCUCAACGGUCUUAGACCCCUCCCCUGAGGCUGUCCUAAGCAGAAACGGUGGCUUGACUAGCCUACCCAAUACCUUGGACGGGAUCGCGACAAAGUUGUCUGCCCACUCCCACCGCUCUCUCCGCAUUCUUCUCCGACUUUACUACAGACCUCAUCUGCUCCCCCGCUCGUGGCUUACGGCUUUUUUCAAGGUCGAUUAGCCGAGUCAGAGGAGCACAAGACCCAACAGAGGUCACUUUUUAUGAAAGAAAUCCAAGCACCCCCGUGUCAAGCAAACCAGAGCGACAUCGUCUGAGUUGACAGAAACUUGCCCUAGUUGGCUGUCAUCUGACGGCCAGCUCGCCGGUGGGAUGGAAGAGGAAGAAGUUCUCCCAGACUCAGCGACACACGAAUCCAUGGCCUCGUCCUCAAUCUUGUCGGCGACAAGCCCGCUUGAGCCGGCGCACAGCUCCGACAUUGAUGUUGUGCAGGCUUGGGAGAACCUGCUAUCCGCCCCGGAGGAGCAUCACUUUGAAAAUGGACGUCGAUAUCACAUGUUCCGGCAAGGACGCUACCCGAUACCAAACGACGAAGAUGAGCAGGUGAGGGAGGAUAUGAAGCAUGCCAUGUUACUCGAGUUGACGGGCGGGAAAUUAUUCUAUGCUCCCAUCGGCGACUCUCCAGAAAAGAUCAUGGACAUUGGAACGGGGACAGGAAUAUGGGCUAUAGACGCCAUUAUAGUUGCGGAUGUAUAUCCCGGAGCGGAGGUCCUAGGGACCGAUCUUUCUGCAAUACAGCCAGACUUGGUUCCACCAAAUGUUCACUUUGUCGUCGAUGACGUCGAGGACCCAGAGUGGCUAAACGGCUCUAACUGGGAUCUGAUACAUUUACGCAUGGUUUCGGGCUCGUUGAUCGAUAUACAGGGAGUAUUCAACCGAUGUUUCGAACACAUAAAGCCCGGAGGAUGGAUCGAGCUUCAGGACAUGCAUGCCUCUCCGCAAUGCGACGACGACACCAUGAAGCCAGACGACUUUCUACUGAGUUUUUACACAAUGGUUCACCAGGCCUUUAACGCGCUCGGUAUGGACCACCGGCACCGACCCAAGGAGAUGAAAAACUACCUCCAGCAGGCAGGUUUUACCAACAUCAAAUGCGUCGUAAAGAAGACGCCGAUUGGCCCCUGGGCCAAGGGAGACCAGCUGCAGCGCAUCGGCGAGUGCAUGAAGUACGCCAUCUACGACCUGCUUCCGAGCUUCGUCAAGCCGCUCGAGGCCAUCGAGAUCUCGAGGGUCGAGGCUGAGGUGUGGUUUGUCAAGGUGAGGAAAACGCUGGAGGAUAACUCCAUACAUAGGUACUUCAACUACUACUUCUGGUAUGCGCAAAAGCCAGACCCUGAAGAAGGUACGCCGGUGCGGAGUUGAAUAGCAGGGGAUAUGGUGCGAGGAAAGGAGUCUGGAAUGAUUUUGUGUCUCACUUUGAGACUGGCAUGAUUAAAGGGUCAUGGCAGGCUGGUGGCGUGUCUUUUUUUUUAUUUUUAUUUUGGCUUAUUUUUGGUUUGGCGACAUCUUGGUGGCAUGGACGGAGUUGGCGGCGUCCCUUUGGAUAUCUCUGUUUGUUUCUCCCUCUCUGCCCGGCCAUAUCAACGCACAAGUUUCAGGGGUCUUUAAUUGUCACGAGUAUGACUGCAUGGGGACAUGAUUUGGGUACCACCACUUGCUAUGAUGGAUUGUCAGACUUGAACUUUACACGGCAUGAUUUCCCAAAUGAGCCUCAUGAGCCCACAGUCAUGUGCAUUACCCCCCCGCUGAGGUUCUGACUUCAAUAAGGCUGAAUAUGGUUCCAUUUGCACCACUUAUUGUAACAUGAGGUAAAUUAUAAGCCGCACAUCUGGAGUUACACUUGAAUUG